AGAUCAUUUCCGAAGCUCCACUAUUUAAGUUUAGAUUCCCAGAGCCGGCGGUUCAGUUCAGUCCCCACCAUGCUCGACUGGAAGUUCUUGGUGUUCUCGGAGCUAAUAUUGUUUACUUUUUGGGGACACACUUCCGGUUACAGCCAUGAACACCCCGGCUUUGUCCAGCGACUGCAGAUUAAGCCCCUCUGCUUGCAAGUUCCCCAGCGCUACACCGAAGCCCCGCCGCCAACAAUAAUCUUUUCUUCCCUGGAUGAGGUCAGAGAAGCAGAUGCCGAUUAAAAAUCACCCAGAGAAAAGUCCCCCCUCGAUUGUGAGUUCCCGAUUCUUAUCGCCUCUAGCCGGAGGAGAUCUAUAAAAGCACAGCCACCUCCCGGCUAAUCAUCAUCACUCUCAAUGGCUUCUACGUGGCUUCACCUGCUGGGACUGCUGAUGCUGUACCUAAUCCUGGCCAUAGGAUCGGCGGACGCUUUCGACGAGAGGCGCCACAGGAACUGGAACGGCGGACAAGGAACCAUGCCGAGGCUGCCCACAACACCGCCCUUCAAUCCCCACGGCUAGUACACUAUUCCUCUAAAGGCUAGAAAUGUCAAUUAAAUCUGAAGAGCGCUUCAAUAAAAAAUGUUUACAUCUCAGCAGAAAA